CUUGAUGGAUGCAUCUUCCACGCCUCUUCCUCCUAAAAAAUACAAUCAAAAAAUAUCAAUUGUACAAAUACAAUCACAGAUAUCUAUAGCAAAGGUCUCAUCAUCUCCAUCACAAAUUUGAAAUCAUUUAAUUUGUAACACAUUAAAUCUAGAAACAGUUACACAAUGGUAAAGUUUUCCCUUGGUUACUUUCCUUUUGGAUUGUCCUUUCAUUGAAUGUUUACUUUCGUUUCGAACAUUUUGACUCCAUAGUAUAAUGCAAUUAAACUUUACUGACCCCAUUGAUAGGCAGACGCAGGUCUACCAGCCGGAUGGGAAGUUCGCACAUCGAAAUCUAAGAACAUUCCCUAUUAUUUCAACGAAGCCCAAACCAUAUCAAGCUGGGAACCUCCAGCAAACACUGAUACCGAAAAGCUGAAGGCAUAUAUGGCUGAGAACUACAGUGUCUCGGAAAUUGGGGAUAGUGCCAAUGGUCAAGAUGAGAACCAUGGAAAGAUUAGAGCUAGCCAUUUAUUGGUUAAGCAUAAAGGCAGUAGGCGACCAAGCAGUUGGCGCGAGGUUAGUUCUCAAAAAGCUCUUUCAUUGCUCUUUCCCUUUCCGCCAUCUAGAUCUCGUAUGUGUGAUUCGCAUUUGUCUAAUAAAGUUUCAGGCUGAAAUUACCCGCACAAAGGAGGAGGCAAUGAGUAUCAUUCUUCAACACGAAGCUCAUAUUCGUUCUGGUUCAACAUCAUUGGGGGAUCUCGCUGUUAGGGAGUCUGAUUGUAGCUCUGCCCGCAAGAUGGGGGAUCUUGGUUUCUUUGGAAGAGGAGAUAUGCAGAAAGAGUUUGAGGAGGCAGCUUUUGCCUUGAAGCCGGGUGAAGUUAGCCAUGUGGUUGAGACUGCUUCUGGUUUGCAUUUAAUUGAAAGGUCAGUUUUCAAUUGCGAAUUCAAGAUUUUCUUACUAAUCUUUCCCAGACUUGCGUGAUAUGAUUUCGAAAAUUGAUACGUGGAAAGAAUAGCAGAAUUCUUCCCUUCGAAGUUUUAUCCAGAUAUGAUUUGAUGCGAUUUACAUGAUGAUUCACAUGGGUCUACCGUGAAGGAAUCAUUUAUAGGAGUUUGCUGUUUAGUAGGCAAAGUCUCUGAUUAGAAAUACCACUUGCGCUGUACUAUAAUCAAUCUUCCCUCUUUUACUGUUCG